AUGAAAGAGAGGGUUUCUGACAUAUAGAAUAUCUUCAAUAAUACUAUGGCAAUAAAAUAAAUUAGUAAUCUUUACUAUAAAGUAGAGUAUAGAGAGAAACUUCGUUAAAUUUAAGAGACUGACCUUAUGAGUUCACUUAAUUAAUUUCGUAAAUUGACACAGUAGGAUUUAGCUCAAUUCCAAGAAGGAGCAAAACAAAUAUUUAAAAUAAUUGCACCAGGAUUUGAUGUACACGAUAACAUUAGUUAAGACACGAUUUAAUGAAAUC